CCUUUGCCCUGCCCUGGCUCAAGACGCUACCCAGGUCUCCGUCUUCACGCCAGCCGGACUGACACACCUGGAGUCAUGGCCUCCAGCCUCAGCCCGCCGCCGUCCCCACUCGUAGUGAGAUUGUCCCAGACCAUCCAGAAACGGCCUGGGACAAUCUCCAGGAAGCUGGAGAGGUACUUUCAGACCAAGGCCUCGGGCGGCGGGGAGUGCAGCGUGCGUCCCGGGAGCCACAGCGGCCCUGACACCUUCCUGGUGGAGUUUGCAGAUAGGGCAGCCAAGAAGAGAGUGUUGGAAAAAGAGAAGCACCAGAUUGAGGUUGACAAUAAAUAUGUGACUGUUUUCCUGGAAACCACUAAAAAGUCAAAAGAGAAUACAAGACCCAGAAUUCCUUCAUUGACACAGUGGCAAGUGGAAGCACUGUCUGAUGAGAAGCAUCCAAAGGUAGGACUUGUUCCUAGAGCUGGGAACGCCUGUGUCCAGAAGGUCUUUCAGAUGGUGGAGGCUAGCCUGAACUGUGACCUGUUUUCCAAAGAGCAGAGGGCACAAGUGACCAUUCUCUGCCCUGGUAUCAAGAAGAUGGAGGGUGAAGAUGGAAUUGAGAAGGUUUCUGGUGAUUUCAGAGACAUUGAAAAAAUCUACCACUUCUUCAGUAGGCAACUGAUAGAACAUGAGCAGGAAGAGAUGUCUUCCCUUUCCACCGUGGAGACUGUGUCAUCUGACCUGCAGGACUGGGACAGCAACCUGUACACUUCAGAACCAAACACCAGAUCAGAAGAUACAGGUUUUAAACUUUCUUUGCCUUACUUCGAAUAUUUCAUGCAUACUUGUCCUGAUAAAAUAGAAUCCAUACAGACACUAUUUGGUGUACACAUCCAAACUCAAGAUAUACCUCCCAAUGCAGUCUAUAUAGAUUUUAUCCCUGGUCAAUCAGGUGAUCUGGAUGCAGCUCGAGAGUAUUUUACCAAGGAGUUUCAGAAGAACACAGAAUCUCUGACUCAAGACUCUGUCUCUUUAGCAGACAGUCAGUGGACAAAACAGGAACUGAGUCACUGUUUUAGAAAGCUUCUGAUAAAAGAAAAAGGAGGAAUGCUAACUCUCCUUGGGACCCAAGAUGACAUUUCAGCUGCCAAAAAAAAAAUCUCUGAAAAUGUCAGGAUACCUGUGAAAAUGUUAGCCAGUGGGAUGAAUGAAAUCGAGGUUAAUACUGUUCUCUAUAAGCUUCUAGAAGCUGAAUUACUCCAGGAGAUAAAAGAGAUAGAGCAAAAGUACAACACUAGUGGUACAGUUUGUACGAAACGUCAGAAAACAUUCAUUCAAUUUAAUCCUGUGGAUAAGCAGGAUCUGUCUGCCCAUGCGUCUGCAAGUUUCAUUGAUGCUUUUCAAUAUGUCACAAGUCAGCUGGUAAGAGAAGAUCUUUCACUGAAACAUCUGGGCCAGGAUAAAAAGCACUUACAUUGGACCAAGUUUGUUGAUGACUUUAGGAAAAGUCAUCCAUAUAUACACUUGGCAUUGAACAAAGAGUCAAUGACUUUGAUUGGUUUGCCAAAGCAUUUUGCUGAAGCUAAGCAGCAUAUCUUCUUAGAAAGUGAGGUAUUAUCCACUGGAGGGAAAUUGAAUAUGGAACAGGAGACACCCAUGGAAAUUGAUCAGAAUGCAUCAAAAUCAACUUCUCUCUCCCUCAGCAGCUCUGCAUGCUCUGAGGUCUCAGAAGUGAAUGAGGAGAAAGCCAUUUGUGUCAUCUGCAUGGAUACCAUUAGAAACAAGCACGUGUUGCCAAAGUGCAAGCAUGAAUUCUGUGAUGAUUGUAUCAGAAAGUCCAUGACAUAUAAGCCAGUUUGUCCUGUGUGCCAAGUUUCCUAUGGUGUCCAUAAAGGGAAUCAACCAAAUGGAUCCAUGACUCACACCAUUUUGAAAGAGCCACUUCCAGGUUAUGAAGGCUGUGGCACCAUUGAGAUUCAAUAUAAGAUAGAAAAAGGCAUACAAAGUAAAGAACAUCCAAACCCAGGAAAGCCUUAUUAUGGAACACAGAGAGCUGCAUAUUUGCCUAAUAAUAAGGAAGGAAGGGAGGUUUUGGAUCUGCUCAAAAUCGCCUUUGAACAAAAGCUGAUUUUCACAGUGGGGGAUUCUCGAGUAUUGGGAGUCUCUGAUGUUGUCACAUGGAAUGAUAUCCACCAUAAAACAUCAAAAUAUGGAGGACCACAAAACUUUGGUUACCCUGAUCCCACGUACCUGGAACGUGUCAAGGAGGAGCUAAAAGCUAAAGGAAUUGAAAAGAAAACUCCUGGAGGGAAGUCCUAAUUCAAGCCUUCAGAAGAUGUAUUUUAGGAGGCUGAAUGAAUGCCAAUCUAAAUCCUUCUAUAGAAAUACUUUCAAAAUCUUUUCAUCUCAAGAAAUGGUUUGUGUAAGAGUAAAGUUCUGCUAGCCUCUUAUUUCUGGAUGUUGCUUUUUUUAUGGAAGGUAAAGAUAAAGAACAGUGUGAUUUUAUGGCAGAAAUUUAGUUUCAUUCUUAUGUCAUGGUUAGGGUAUGGGGUGGUUUGAAAUUUCUGUCCUUCAGUUUAGCUACUAUCAUACAAUGAAGUCCUCUUUCCCCUUUAUUCCCUCUCUUCCCUUCCCCUUUUCUCUUCCUCCCCUUCUCUCUUUUCUUUUCCUGUUGGUUCUGGAAAUCAAACCUAGGGCAGUGGAGUUCUACCUACAGCCUCUUGAGCCUUCUCUCACUGCCAUCUCUAGGACAGUACUUUAAUUGCCAUUUAAUCUCUAGCUAUGAAAGCGAAACCUUUGCAUAAAUGAAAAUGUUUUUAGCAGGUUUUAGUGGUGGAAAAUUAGAGACCGGAAUUCGCCACUCACUUCUUCAUAGCAGUGGCUAGGAGCCAAGAUUAGGCCACUUUGGGUUAUAACUGGAGUAAGGAAAUUACUUUUAGUCACACAGUGCCUGGCUUACUUUUGCUACUUGUUAUAUUUUUGUUGCCUGACUCAGGUUCCUAAUAGUUGGUGGAGGGAUAUACUCUCCUAUAUCUUUAGCAGCAACAGGAAUUACAAAACCAUUCUUAGAACAUUCAUCAGAAACUGUUUCCUAUUCUGGAUACUUGUUGGCUGAAUUCUGACUAAGCCCAAAGCCUGGCCCUUGAUUCCUCCAUGAUUCUUGGAACCUGCCUAAAGGGGUGCAUUUGUCCUGCUAUGGAAAUGUUAUAUAUUUCUGAUCUGUUUAUUCUUCUGGAUAUGUUGUGCUUUUCAAUAUACCUUGCUUUCCAGACCUAACAUUUAUGGUCUAAUAUGUAAGAGUUUUUGUAACCCUCUCAAAUGUCAACCACUCAAGUUAGAAAUAUUUUACCUCUCUAGACAGGAAAAGAAAGUGUUGAGAGUUCAAUUCACUAUAAGGAACAUAUGACAUGUCAAAAUUUACUUUCAUUUGAUUCUCCAAGUCAGAAGAAAGUUGUAACAAGCAAAUUAUCUGGUUACCUGUGCCACACCUCUCUCUCAAAAUGAGAAGAAUAUGACUUGUCUUGUUCUUUUCCUAAAGAUAGAUGUGCACACUGACAAAAUUUUUUGGCCUGAUAACAAUACUUCAUAUUUAUUGAGUAUUUACUCUGUCCCUUUUCUAAGAGUUUUAUGUUAUUUGGUUAAUAAAAUCUCCAUUUUAUGCAUGCGGGGUGGUGGUUAAAUCAUUCACCAGAGUCACAGGGUAGCAACCAAAGUACUGGCAUUUGAACCCAUGCACCUCAGGGCCAUAAGCCUUCAAAAGGGGGUGCUUCUCCAUGGAGCAAGCUGAGGAGCUCCUUAUGUCUUGUCCUUCCCUCAGUGAUUCCUGCACAGUGCUCAAAGCAAACUUCCUGCUAAGAAGUCCAAUUUGAAGAACAUAUCCUACCUCCUCAGGAGGCUGAGGUGUGAAGAUCACAGUUUUUUUUAAGUGUAAAGGUGAUGUAGAGAGGGGUUAAGUUACAUAAGUCAGGUCAUGAGUGUAUUUCUUUUUGAACAGUGUCACCUCCUCCUUUAUUUUUUUACAGUGUUGUCCCUCCCCAUUCCCCUUCUCCCCAAAUUGUAUCCUUCAUCUCCAAUAUAGUGUCCAGUGAAUAUCACUGGUGAAUUAGUUUGAAACCCACCAAGAAAUCUGUGAGACUCUGACUUCCACUCAGUCACCAAAAAACUGAAGAGAAGCCAUGGAUCAAGUAAUAAAGCACCAGCCUUGAGCAAAAAAUCUAAGGGACAAUGCCCAGGGCCUGAGUUCAAGCCCCAGUGCCAGCACAAACAAACCUUAAAAACUCAGAGUCCUUUCCUUUCAUUGGUCCAGAAUGUUAAGGUAAAUGACAUGUCUUUUAUUUUAAUCAGAUUAUGCAUUUAAUUUUUUUAAGAUACAAGUUGGCUAUGUUGCCCAGAGUGGCCUUACUCUUGAGAUCUUCUCACCUUAGCCUCCAUAGUAGCUGAGAUUACAGAUACAUACCUCUAACUUCUAGUUUGUUGUUAAUUUUUUAUUUUUAUGAUUGAUUUUUAUCUUUUGAUCUUUUAGUUAAAUUUUCUCCAAAAAUAUAAAAGUUUGAUUUCUGCUAACUUCCAGAUAUUGUAUUGCAUUGGGUAUAUGUAAGUUUCAUGAUGUGAAAGGCUGGUGAGCAUUUGGAUUACUACUUUUCCUCUUUGAAAGAUGCCAUGAUCUAUCUGCCUUAAAUAAAAGUAUGUCACCAUUUGGAA